CUCUCGGCGCGGGCAGGCCAUGGCGGAGGUGGGCAGGGCCGCUGUGCGCGACCCCGGGGCGCUGCUCCCGGGCGGCUUCUGGGCGGCGGUGGCCGUGUGGCUGGAGAGGCCGCAGGUGGCCAACAAGCGGCUGUGUGGCGUCCGCGUGGAGAGCCGGCGGGGUGCCGUCCUGCCCCGGACCGAGGCCCGCGGCCGCAGCCGCAGGUCGAGCGCAGGCCCCGAGCAGGAGGGGCGGGCGGCGUCGGGAUGCGGGCGCGAGGACGGACCGGGACCCGGUCAGCGUUCCCCCGAGGGAGGCCCGGGCCCCGGGCCGAGCGCAGACCUCGAGCAGCCCCACGGCCGGCUCCAGCUCGGGGAAGACGAGAGGGAAGCAGCCGCAGCGCCUCUGCUCGCGGGGGCCCCCGGACAGCCCCGCAAGGCUGGAGUCGGGGAGGACGACUUCCCAGCCUCGGACCUGGAUUCUCUCUGGGACGAUUUCUCCCGAAGCCUUGUCCGCGACAAUCAAGAUAUGCUGGCCUUCCUUACGGGCUCUGGGGCGGGAUCGCAGCCAGAGGCUCAGCGCGAGCUCGACGUGGUGCUCAGAACCGUCAUCCCCAAGCGGAGCACGCAUUGCCCGCUUUCUGCUCCGAAGAGAGAAAUAGUCGUGCAAGAUGUCCUCAAUGGAACUGUAACUUUUUUACCUUUGGAAGAAGACGACACCGGGAAUUUAAAGGUUAAGAUGAGCAAUGUGUAUCAAAUUCAGCUCAGUCACAUCAAAGAAGAAUGGUUCAUAUCUGUUUUAAUUUUCUGUCCAGAAAGAUGGCAUUCAGAUGGAAUUGUGUACCCCAAAGUCACGUGGCUUGCAGGCGAGCUGCUGGCCAAGCUGGCCAGGUGGUCUGCAGAGAGCCGGCAGAGCGCGUUUAAAAGCACCCUGUCCCUCAUUUCCAUCGCGAAGUACAGCAAGGCCUAUCAGGGGCUGAAAGAGAAGUACAAGGACAUGGUCAAGGCGUGGCCCGAGGUGACCGACCCUGAGAAGUUUGUAUAUGAAGAUGUGGCGAUUGCUGCCUACCUGCUGGUUUUAUGGGAAGACGAGAGAGCCGAGCGGGGAGUGACAGCUAAGCAGUCCUUUGUGGACUUAGGGUGCGGAAAUGGCCUCCUGGUGCACGUGCUGAGCAGUGAGGGGCACCCAGGCAGAGGGAUCGAUAUCCGAAGAAGGAAAAUCUGGGACAUGUAUGGGCCACAGACUCGCCUAGAGGAAAGUGCAAUCACACCAAACGAUAGCACCCUUUUUCCUGACGUUGAUUGGUUAAUCGGUAACCAUUCCGAUGAACUAACACCAUGGAUACCUGUCAUUGCAGCCAGGUCUUCCUACAAGUGCCGUUUCUUUGUCCUUCCCUGCUGUUUCUUCGACUUCGUUGGAAGAUACCACCGGAGGCAAAGUGAGAAGACGCAGUACCGAGGGUACCUGGAUUUCAUCACAGAGGUGGGAGCGACCUGCGGCUUCCACGUGGAGGAGGACUGCCUUAGGAUCCCCUCAACCAAGCGAGUUUGUCUCAUUGGGAAAUCGAGAACGUACCCCCCCGCUGGAGAAGCCUCCAUGGAUGUCCAGAGAACGCGGUACAUCCACAGGCGGCGGGGCUGCCCUCCUGCCCCCGGGGCUGCCGCCAGCAGCGCGGACCGUCCCGACGGGUGCCCUGAUGGCCGUGGAACCCCGGACGUCCAGGCUGAAGGACUAUGGCUGCCUGGGUUUCGCCCUCGAGAAAAAGCCGAGCGCGUAAGGAAUUGUGCCACCCUCCCUCGAGACUUUGUUGACCAGGUGGUGCUACAAGUGGCAGAUUUGUUGUUGGGUGGAAAGCGGUUAAACCCGAGAAGUUCUCCCGGCGGGCGUUUGAAGGCCUGGAACCGAGGAGAGAGCCUUUCCUUGUCUGAAGUCGCAGAUAAGCUGGACAGGGAGACCCUGCAGAGGCUGAAGCGGGAGUGUGGCGGCCUGCAGACGCUGCUGAGAAACAGCCAUCAGGUGUUUGAAGUUCUGAAUGGGAGCGUUCACAUUCGCGACUGGAGGGAAGAGAAGUGUCAGAAGGGAAAGCACCCAGAGGCCAAGCGCACACUGCUGUCGGGGGCUUUCAAAACCCGCCUCUGCUGGUUCUUCACUCACCACCCUGACGGCUGUGCCCUGCCUUCACACUGCUGCCCGUUUGCCCACGGGCCUGAGGAGCUGCGGCCACCAAGAAGGAAACGCAGAUCCUGCGAGCUGCCUCCACCAUGCGAGGGGCCGGCGGAGAGCCAGGCCCCAGCCCCGCGGGGCUGCAUGGUUUCUGAGACCUUCCCCUUCUCCUCCCCUCCGCCCUCCAUGGGGACAUAACUGUGGUACAUGAACAGGAGAAGCUCGUACCCACCCCCAUCUGCAUGCUCAGUCUGUUAAAGCAGCAAACUCUUAAAUGUGUCCAGCUUCUUUUUGUCAGAGUGUGACAGUUCGUAAAUGUCCUACAGCUCAGACGGAGGAAGCACAGCCAUGCCUGCGACAGCUCCCGGCACCAGACCCAGCUGCCCGGGCCCAGCCCCCCUCUUUCCCGCCCUCCUCCACUGGACCUUCUUCCCACUGGUGCUGGUCAUUCUUUUGAUUCCAGGGAAGAGAAACUCCUGAUGUGUUUCUAUUUGCAAUUAUUUUUCCAGCUUUUCACAAAAGUCGGCACCAGACAGAUUGUUGUGCCUCUUGAUUUUUCGUGGGACGUCUCCUGGCGCCCUUUCCAUGGGACAGGUGGCCGUGGGUCAUUUGUGAGGGACGAGAAGAAGCUCAUUCCUUUCUCUGUGUCUCACUGGGCCUUGGAGGUCCAGGUCACGUUGUUUCUUGGCCCCAGCACCGCCCUGCCUCCCACCCAAAGGUCAUGGUCACCUUGGGCAGCGUAGCACACGUGUGGGGGUGACGGCCAAGAGAUUGUGGACAUGGUGGCCUGGCUGGGGCCUGCGCCGAGGACGCACCAGGCACAGCUCUGAGCCUUAGUGUCACGUGUGGAUGUUGGGGUGUCACCAGCUCACAGGUGGUUGUGAGGGACCAAGCCAAGCAGUGUUUCCUCCAGCUCUGAGGUCGCCACUCCAUUGUCUGCUGGCCUCCGUUGUGUCUGAGAGGAAUUUAACCGUGAUUCUUACUGUGGCGCCCCACUGUGCAGGGCACGCUUUCUCUGGCUGUUUUUAAGAAUGUUUUUUUCAUUUGUAGUUUUCAGCAGUUUUGUAUAACGUGCAUAAGAUGUGAUUUUCUUUUUACUUAUCUUGUUGGGGUUUGCUGAAUUUUGUAAAUCCCUAGGUUACUGUUUUUGAUCCAAUUUGGGGAAAAAAAAUCAGCCAGUAUUCCAUAAA